CCUCCCGCAAGCCCCUACUAGCCCAUCCAUGACAUCGGCGCUCCGCCGCCCCCCCCCCCCGCUGCCCCCGCCCAGGUGGCCGUGCCCACCGGCCGAGUCAUCGAUUCCCCGCGCCAGGCGCUAGUCCCGCUUUCCACCGGCCUCCUCCCUCGCUGCGAGCCUGGGGGCGGGGGAGAAAACACCUUCUCGGCCCCCGCCUGGGUGUCCCGCUCGGGCGCCCGCCCUGCUCCCUCCCUUUCCCGCCGCGUCCCCUCCCCCAACUACUCACCGCCCUCCCUUCGCCACACACACAACCCCAUCUCCCCUCCCCCAGUGGUUGCGUCCGUGACAUCAUCAUCAUGGCAACAAGAGCUGCAGCCUGGGACCGAGGAGCCCGUGUGAUUCCCGGCGGCGGCGGCAGUGGCGGCAGCACCAGCACCGACGAUAGCGCCAGGGCUUCUCUCCUGUUGCCCCUCGCCAGGUGCUCCUGAGGAGGCGGCGGCAGCAGUGCCAACACCGCCCGGCCCGCCGCCGCUGCUCCCGGUGUCUGUGUGUGAGGGGAGGGGGCCGAGCCGAGGAGGGGAGGGGGCGCCGCCGCCGCUGCUGUGGGGCCGUCGCUGCGGAAGAAGCCGCCGCCGCCGCUGCUGCUGCCGCUGCCAGAUCGCUAGUGAAGAGAAGGCGGUGGCGGCGGCGGCGAACAUGUUUUCAGUGAGGAUAGUGACUGCCGACUACUACAUGGCCAGCCCGCUGCAGGGGCUGGAUAUCUGCCAAUCCCCCCUCACCCAGGCCCCUGUCAAGAAGGUGCCCGUGGUGCGAGUCUUCGGAGCGACCCCGGCAGGUCAGAAGACAUGUCUUCAUCUACAUGGCAUCUUUCCUUACCUCUAUGUGCCAUACGAUGGUUAUGGACAGCAGCCAGAAAGCUAUCUUUCUCAGAUGGCAUUCAGUAUCGACAGAGCACUUAAUGUGGCUUUAGGCAAUCCAUCUUCCACUGCUCAGCACGUGUUCAAAGUGUCGUUAGUAUCAGGAAUGCCUUUUUAUGGUUAUCAUGAGAAGGAAAGACACUUUAUGAAGAUCUAUCUUUACAAUCCAGCAAUGAUGAAAAGGAUAUGUGAACUUUUGCAAAGUGGAGCCAUAAUGAAUAAAUUUUACCAGCCUCAUGAAGCUCAUAUUCCCUACCUCCUACAGCUGUUCAUUGACUACAAUCUCUAUGGAAUGAAUUUAAUAAAUCUGGCUGCUGUCAAGUUCCGAAAAGCAAGAAGGAAAAGUGAUUCGAUGCGUACAACUGGAUCUUGCAAGGAUCAGCUACCAGGAAAUUCUCUUACUGGUACUUUAUUUCGGUGGGAAGAAGAUGAAAUACCAAGCUCUUUAAUACUGGAAGGUGUUGAACCACGGAGUACAUGUGAAUUAGAAGUGGAUGCUGUUGCUGCUGAUAUCUUAAAUCGGCUAGACAUUGAAGCUCAAAUUGGUGGAAACCCUGGUCUCCAGGCCAUAUGGGAAGAUGAAAAGCAACGGCGAAGAAACAGAAAUGAAACUUCUCAAAUUAGCCAACCCGAAUCACAAGAUCGCAGGUUUGUGCCAGCAACAGAAAGUGAAAAAAUUUUUCAGAAGAGACUUCAGGAAAUUCUCAAACAGAAUGAUUUCUCUGUAACAUUAUCAGGAUCUGUGGACUACAGCGAUGGAUCUCAGGAGUUCUCUGCUGAGUUAACAUUGCACUCUGAAGUUCUGUCUCCUGAUAUUCUUCAAUGUACGCCAGCUAAUCUGGUAGAAGUCCACAAAGAUACAGAAUUGAGCAAAGGUCACACUAUACACAAAGUGGAGGAAGCUCUUAUUAAUGAAGAAGCAAUUUUGAAUCUCAUGGAAAAUAGUCAGACUUUUCAGCCUUUGACCCAAAGACUGAGUGAGUCACCAGUUUUCUUGGACAGUAGUCCUGAUGAGGCUCUGGUACAUCUUCUUGCUGGUUUGGAAAAUGAUGGAUAUCAGGCAGGAAGAAAUAGGAUGCCAUCACAACGUCAUUUCUUUGGAAACCCUAAAAAUUCCCAAAAUAGUGAUGAUGAAGAAAAUGAACCACAGAUUGAAAAAGAGGAAAUGGAGCUUAGUUUGGUGAUGUCUCAGAGAUGGGACAGCAAUAUUGAAGAACCUUGUGCCAAAAAGAGAUCACUGUGUAGAAAUAACCAUAGAAGCUCAACUGAAGAAGAUGAUUCGUCUUCAGAAGAAGAAAUGGAGUGGAGUAAUAACAGUUUGCUUCUAGCCAAUCUUUCUAUACCUCAGUUAGAUGGAACUGCAGAUGAAAAUAGUGACAAUCCAUUGAACAACGAAAAUUCUAGAACUCACUCUUCUGUGAUUGCAACGAGCAAGCUAUCAGUAAAACCUUCCAUCUUUCACAAAGAUGCUGCUACAUUAGAACCCCCAUCUUCUGCUAAGAUUACCUUUCAGUGUAAACACACAAGUGCCCUUUCUUCCCAUGUUUUAAACAAGGAAGAUUUAAUUGAAGACCUCCCACAGCCAAACAAUAUAGAAAAAUGUCUAGAUCAUUCAGUUGCUUCUUUUACAAAUGAAAGCACUUACUCUAUGAAAUACCCUGGAUCUUUAAGCAGUUCUGUCCAUUCAGAAAACUCUCAUAAAGAAAGUAGUAAGAAAGAUAUCCUCCCAGUAUCUUCCUGUGAAAGUAGUAUUUUUGAUUAUGAAGAAGAUAUCCCAUCUGUUACAAGACAAGUACCAAGUAGAAAGUAUACAAACAUUAGAAAAAUUGAUAAGGAUGCCCCUUUUAUCCAUAUGAACCGUCAUAGUAGUGAAAGUACAUUGGGCAAAAAUUCUUUCAACUUUUCUGACCUUAGUCAUUCAAAAAGUAAAUUAUCCUCUGAAGGAAAUGAAAAAGGAAACAGCACAGCUCUGAAUAGUUUAUUCCCUUCAUCAUUAACUGAAAAUUGUGAAUUGCUAUCAUGCUCAGGAGAGAAUAGAACUAUGGUACAUUCUCUUGAUAGCAUUGCUGAUGAAAGUGGGCUAAAUAAACUUAAAAUUAGAUAUGAAGAGUUUCAAGAACAUAAAACUGAAAAGCCAAGCCUCAGCCAGCAAGCAGCACAUUAUAUGUUUUUUCCCAGUGUUGUUCUUUCUAACUGUCUCAGUAGACCACAGAAACUCUCGCCUGUAACAUACAAACUACAAUCCAGCAGUAAACAGUCCCGAUUAAAAAUAAAUAAAAAGAAGCUCAUAGGUCAUCAAGAGACUUCUACCAAAACUAGUGAGACUGUAUCCACAAAAGAUAAUUGUAUACAAAAUAAUCCCUGUAAUAGUAAUCCUGAGAAGGAUAAUGUAUUGGCCAAUGAUUUAAUUAAAGUCACUCGUGGAGCUUUUGAAAAUAAAACCCCCACAGACGGUUUUAUAGACUGUCACUUUGGAGAUGGAACCUUAGAAACUGAGCAGUCCUUUGGAUUGUAUGGAAAUAAAUAUACACUGAGAGCGAAACGCAAGGUGAAUUAUGAGACUGAAGAUAGUGAGUCAAGUUUUGUAACACACAACUCAAAAAUUAGCCUACCUCAUCCCAUGGAAAUCGGUGAAAGUUUAGAUGGAACUCUCAAAUCUCGAAAACGAAGAAAAAUGUCUAAAAAGUUGCCCCCUGUCAUCAUAAAAUAUAUUAUUAUUAAUAGAUUUAGAGGGAGAAAAAAUAUGCUUGUGAAGCUAGGAAAAAUAGACUCUAAAGAAAAACAAGUUAUAUUGACAGAGGAAAAAAUGGAACUAUAUAAAAAGCUUGCACCUUUGAAGGAUUUUUGGCCAAAAGUUCCUGACUCCCCUGCAACCAAAUAUCCCAUUUAUCCACUAACACCAAAGAAAAGUCACAGAAGAAAAUCAAAACAUAAGUCUGCAAAGAAAAAAACUGGUAAGCAACAAAGGACAAAUAGUGAAAAUAUCAAAAGAACUUUGUCUUUCAGGAGAAAACGGUCACAUGCUAUCCUGUCUCCUCCCUCACCAUCCUACAAUGCUGAAACCGAAGACUGUGACUUGAAUUAUAGUGACGUUAUGUCUAAACUAGGUUUUCUUUCUGAGAGAAGCACAAGUCCCAUAAAUUCUUCUCCCCCUCGCUGCUGGUCUCCCACAGAUCCAAGAGCUGAAGAAAUGAUGGCUGCUGCAGAUAAAGAAGCAAUGCUUUUUAAGGGUCCUAAUGCAUGUAAUAACAAGACUGUUAAUUCUCGUAUGGAAAAAAAUAGUCGAGCAAGAGCGCAGGUUAAGAAAUCCAAAACUAAGCUUGUUAAUCCUUCUGUAGUUACUAAGAAAAGGAACAAACGAAAUCAGACAAAUAAAUUAGGAGAUGAUGGAAAAAAGAAACCGAGAGCAAAACAGAAACAAAAAACAAAUGAGAAAGGUAUGUCAAGAAAGCACAUAAUGAAAGAUGAAAAAAUUAAAUCUCAGUCUGGUGCUGAAGUUAAGUUUGUGCUGAAACAUCAGAAUGUGUCUGAGACCUCAAAUAGUUCUGGAGGCUCUCAACUACUUUUUAAACAGAAAGAUGUGUCACUAAUGAGCUCUGCUGUAGAUCUUCCCCUUUCUGCUCCCCUGCCCACUGGAAUUCAUGCACAACAGAAUUUAUCUGGCUGCUUUUCUUCUUUCUUAGAAAGCAAGAAGCCUGAUUUACAAACAUUCCCCAGCUCACGAGAUGAUUUGCAUUCAUCAGUUGUUUGUAGUUCUUUGGGACCUGGAAUCUCAAAAAUUAAUGUCCAGAGGUCUCACAAUCAAAGUGCUAUGUUUACUCUAAAGGAAUCAACUUUGAUUCAAAAAAACAUAUUUGAUCUUUCCAACCAUUUAUCUCAGGUAGCCCAGAAUACACAGAUAUCUUCGGGUAUAAUGUCUCCAAAGACGGAAGAGAAUGCAAAUACACAAAAAAACUAUUUGUCAUCCAUCGGAAAGUUAAAUGAAUAUCGUAAUUCUUUAGACUCAAAGCCAGACCAGGCAUAUGCCCCUAACUUUUUGCAUUGCAAAGACAGUCAGCAGCAGAUUGUGUGCAUGGCAGAACACUCAAAGCACAGUGAAACUUGUACUCCAGGAAAUGCAUCUUCAGAGGAAAGCCAAAUGCCUAAUAAUUGCUUUGUAACUUCCUUGAGAAGUCCAAUCAAACAAAUAGCAUGGGAGCAAAAACAAAGGGGCUUUAUUUUAGAUAUGUCAAAUUUUAAACCUGAAAGGGUAAAACAGAGGUCAUUGUCAGAAGCAAUUUCACAAACCAAAGCACUUUCUCAGUGUAAAAGUCGAAAUGUGUCAACACCUUCAGCAUUUGGUGAAGGCCAGUCUGGACUGGCAGUUCUAAAAGAAUUGUUACAGAAGAGACAGCAAAAAGCACAAAAUGCAAAUAUUAUGCAAGACCCAUCAUCUAGUAAACCUCAACCAAACAAAAAUAUUUCUGGCUCCCUUGAGCAAAACAAAACAAUUAAACGAACACGAUCAGUAACAUCUUCAAGAAAACCUCGAACUCCUAGAAGUACAAAACCUAAAGAAAAAAUUCCCAAACUUCUUAAAGUAGACUCUCUCAAUUUACAGAACUCUGGCCAGGUGGAUAACUCUCUAUCGGAUGACAGUCCCAUCUUUUUUUCAGAUCCAGGUUUUGAGAGUUGUUAUUCACUUGAAGAUAGCUUGUCUCCUGAGCAUAAUUAUAAUUUUGAUAUUAAUGCAAUAGGUCAAACUGGAUUUUGUAGCUUUUAUUCUGGAAGUCAGUUUGUCCCUGCUGAUCAGAAUUUGCCACAGAAGUUCCUAAGUGAUGCAGUUCAGGAUCUUUUCCCAGGACAAACGAUAGAAAAAAGUGAGUUUUUAAGUCAUGAUAACCAGAAGUGUGAUGAAGACAAAAAACAUCAUGCCUCAGACUCAACCUCAUGGAUUAGAUCAGGUACGCUAAGUCCUGAACUAUUUGAGAAGUCAUCCGUAGAUAGCAAUGAGAAUCAUCGCCACAACCAGUGGAAAAGUAGCUUUCAUCCUCUAACAGCUCGCUCUAAUUCAAUAAUGGAUUCUUUCUGUGUCCAGCAGACAGAGGACUGUCUGAACGAAAAAUCCAGAUUGAAUAGGAGUUCAGUAAGCAAAGAAGUGUUUCUUAGCUUCUCACAGCCAGGCACUUCAGACUGGAUUCAAGGUCAUACCAGAAAAGAGAUGCAACAGUCUCUUGACUCAGUCAGUGCCUCUUUUACUACAAUACUAUCCUCCCCUGAUGGUGAACUUGUGGAUGCAGCCUCUGAAGAUUUAGAAUUGUAUGUUUCAAGAAACAAUGAUAUAUUGACACCAACUCCUGAUAGUUCACCAAGGUCUACCAGCUCUCCCUCACAAUCUAAAAAUGGCAGUUUUACCCCUCGAACUGCUCACAUUUUGAAGCCACUUAUGUCCCCGCCAAGUAGGGAAGAAAUUAUGGCAACUUUGUUGGAUCAUGAUCUUUCAGAAACUAUUUACCAGGAACCAUUUUGCAGCAAUCCUUCUGAUGUACCAGAAAGGCCCAGGGAGAUUGGUGGACGGCUUCUCAUGGUAGAAACUCGACUUCCAAAUGAUCUGGCUGAGUUUGAGGGAGACUUUUCCUUGGAAGGACUUCGUCUGUGGAAAACAGCAUUCUCAGCAAUGACUCAGAAUCCACGACCAGGGUCACCCCUUCGCAAUGGCCAGGCAGUGGUCAAUAAAGGGUCAAGUAAUAGCUGUAAAAUGGUUGAAGAUAAAAAAAUUGUGAUUAUGCCUUGCAAAUGUGCCCCAAGUCGACAACUGGUUCAAGCAUGGCUUCAAGCCAAAGAAGAAUACGAACGUUCCAAGAAACUGUCUAAAACUGAGCCAGCUGGAGUCAUAAAAUCUGCUGAGAACUUCAGCUCUUCAGUUAACCCAGAUGACAGACCUGUAGUGCCUCCAAAAAUGAGUACAACUCCACAUAUACUCCCCACUACAGCACAUACCAAGGAAGAUGUUGAUACUUCUCAGAUUGCUUUACAAGCGCUAACCACAGGAUGUAGUCGAACUGUAAGUGAAAGUCAGACACUGCCACCAGUUGCUUCUGCAAAUGAUCCUGAGAAAGGUGAAGAUGAUGAUGAUGACUAUUAUGUUAGUUACAGCUCCCCUGAUUCUCCAGUAAUUCCGCCUUGGCAACAAGCAGCAUCCCCAGAUUCUAAAACAUUAGAUGGAGAGGAGAGACCCGCAUCACAAGUAGAGGAACUACAUUCCCUGACUAUUGAGGACUUCUUAAAACCAGUAAAAGAUGAUAUACAGAAAAGCCCCUGCACUGAGCCUUUGGAGCCUCUAGUGAUAUCUCCAAUUAAUGUUAGGGCAAGAACUGGAAUAUGUGAAUCACUUUGCCUUCAUAGUACACCAAUUAUACAGAGAAAACUUCUAGAAAGGCUUCCUGAAGCAAGUAGCCUGAGCCCUUUGUCAACAGAACCAAAAACCCAGAAAUUGAGUCAUAAGAAAGGAAGUAAUACUGACACUCUUAGAAGAGUACUCUUAACACAAGCAAAGAAUCAAUUUGCAGCAGUAAAUACCCCAAAGAAAGAAACUUCUCAGAUUGAUGGACCAUCUUUAAACAAUUCUUAUGGUUUCAAAGUCAGCGUACAAAACUUACAGGAGGCAAAAGCUUUACAUGAGAUACAAAAUCUUACCCUAAUCAGUGUGGAGUUACAUGCUCGAACUAGACGAGACUUAGAACCAGAUCCUGAAUUUGACCCAAUCUGUGCUCUGUUUUACUGCAUUUCAUCUGACACUCCACUACCAGAUACAGACAAAACAGAACUCACAGGUGUAAUAGUGAUUGAUAAAGACAAGCCUGUCUCCAGCCAAGAUAUCAGGUAUCAGACCCCAUUACUGAUUAGAUCUGGAAUUACAGGACUAGAAGUUACCUAUGCACCUGAUGAGAAGGCACUUUUUCAAGAAAUUGCAAAUAUAAUAAAAAGGUAUGAUCCUGAUAUUCUGCUAGGAUAUGAAAUUCAGAUGCAUUCCUGGGGUUACCUCUUACAAAGGGCUGCUGCUUUAAGUGUUGAUUUAUGUCAGAUGAUCUCUCGGGUGCCAGAUGACAAAGUUGAGAACAGAUUUGCAGCUGAAAGAGAUGACUAUGGAUCAGAAACAAUGAGUGAGAUAAAUAUUGUUGGCCGAAUUACACUAAAUCUUUGGAGAAUCAUGAGAAAUGAGGUGGCUCUAACUAACUACACCUUUGAAAAUGUGAGCUUUCAUGUUCUUCAUCAGCGUUUUCCCCUCUUUACCUUUCGAGUCUUAUCAGAUUGGUUUGAUAACAAGACAGAUCUGUACAGAUGGAAAAUGGUUGAUCACUACAUUAGCCGUGUCCGUGGAAAUCUCCAAAUGUUAGAACAGCUGGACUUGAUUGGGAAAACCAGUGAAAUGGCUAGACUCUUUGGCAUUCAGUUUUUACAUGUGCUCACAAGGGGUUCACAGUACCGUGUGGAAUCAAUGAUGUUGCGUAUUGCUAAACCAAUGAACUAUAUUCCUGUGACACCUAGUGUUCAGCAAAGAUCCCAAAUGAGAGCCCCUCAGUGUGUUCCCCUAAUUAUGGAGCCUGAAUCCCGCUUCUACAGCAAUUCUGUUCUCGUUUUGGAUUUCCAGUCACUAUAUCCUUCGAUUGUGAUUGCAUAUAACUACUGCUUUUCCACCUGCCUUGGCCAUGUGGAGAACUUGGGAAAGUAUGAUGAGUUCAAAUUUGGCUGUACCUCUCUAAGAGUACCUCCAGAUUUACUUUACCAAAUUAGGCAUGAUAUCACAGUGUCCCCCAAUGGAAUAGCUUUUGUCAAGCCUUCAGUAAGAAAGGGUGUGCUACCAAGAAUGCUUGAAGAAAUUUUGAAGACUAGACUCAUGGUGAAGCAGUCCAUGAAGGCUUACAAGCAGGACAGAGCCCUUUCACGAAUGCUCGAUGCACGUCAGCUAGGACUUAAGCUUAUAGCAAAUGUCACAUUUGGCUAUACAGCUGCAAAUUUUUCUGGGAGAAUGCCAUGCAUUGAGGUUGGUGAUAGUAUUGUUCACAAAGCCAGAGAGACCUUGGAACGAGCUAUUAAACUGGUGAAUGAUACCAAGAAAUGGGGUGCCAGGGUUGUAUAUGGAGAUACUGACAGUAUGUUUGUGCUACUGAAAGGAGCUACUAAGGAGCAGUCUUUUAAGAUUGGUCAGGAAAUUGCUGAAGCUGUAACUGCUACCAAUCCUAAACCAGUGAAAUUGAAGUUUGAAAAGGUAUAUUUGCCCUGUGUCUUACAAACAAAAAAGAGGUAUGUGGGUUACAUGUAUGAAACACUGGAUCAAAAGGACCCGGUAUUUGAUGCAAAAGGAAUAGAAACCGUCAGAAGAGAUUCCUGCCCUGCUGUUUCUAAGAUACUUGAGCGUUCUCUAAAGCUGCUAUUUGAAACAAGAGACAUAAGUUUAAUUAAACAGUAUGUUCAGCGACAGUGUAUGAAGCUUCUAGAAGGAAAAGCCAGCAUCCAAGAUUUUAUCUUUGCCAAGGAAUACAGAGGAAGUUCCUCUUACAAACCUGGAGCUUGUGUGCCAGCCCUUGAACUUACAAGGAAAAUGCUUACUUACGAUCGGCGCUCUGAGCCUCGAGUUGGAGAGCGAGUGCCAUACGUCAUCAUUUAUGGGGCUCCUGGAAUACCACUUAUCCAGUUGGUGAAGCGCCCAGUGGAAGUGCUGCAGGACCCGACUCUGAGACUGAAUGCCACUUACUAUAUCACCAAGCAGAUCCUUCCACCCCUGGCAAGAAUCUUCUCACUUAUUGGUAUUGAUGUCUUCAGCUGGUAUCAUGAAUUACCCAGGAUACAGAAAGCCACCAGCUCCUCUCGAAGCGAACUUGAAGGGCGGAAAGGCACUAUUUCACAGUAUUUCACUACUUUGCACUGUCCUGUGUGUGAUGACCUGACUCAGCAUGGCAUCUGUGGUAAAUGUCGGAGCCAACCUCAGCAUGUUGCAGUCAUCCUCAACCAAGAAAUUCGGGAGUUGGAACGUAAACAGGAGCAACUUGUAAAGAUAUGCAAGAACUGUACAGGGUGCUUUGAUCGACAUAUCCCGUGUGUAUCUCUGAAUUGCCCCGUACUUUUCAAACUCUCCCGAGUAAAUAGAGAAUUAUCCAAGGCACCAUAUCUCCGGCAAUUACUAGACCAGUUUUAAAUUGUCAGUAUCACAGAAUUCCAGGUGCUAUUUUUUCAGUGUUUACCACUAAACUGUUGUGCAUGGUGCUUUUUCAACUUUCAUCGAGUCAAGUAUGUUCACUGUCUAUUAUCUGAAGACUAUGAAGGCUUUUAUGCUAACUGAAUUAAAAAUUGUUCUUAUCAAUCUCUGAAUAGCUCACUUCUUACAAUGUACAAAGUCUCCAUCCUUACACCUUUUUAACAUUGUUUUAUAACGUAUGUGUUGAAUUUGCUCCGGUAUGUGUAACAUCUUGUAAAUCCAUUUGCGUAGAUCAUACUGACUUCCCUGUGGAAGGAGCACUGAAAACCUCUUUAAAAAAAAAACAAAACAAGACAAAAGAAAAAAAAAAAAACCCAUUCGUGUGUUUUCCUUGAACUGUCUGUAUCAAGACGUGUUACUUAGAGAUACUCAUUCACUUUAUAAUUUUGACUGCGAAAUAUUUUGUAAAUACACUUUUUUACUUUUCAGACAACUGAGUAAAAUAAUGUGCAAUGAAUUUUAUACAAAUGAUUUUCAAGUUGUUAGGUAUAUUUCCUCUAGGUUUUGCUUGACUCAGAGUAGAGUUGUUAUUUUGAUCAAACUGUGCAAACAAUAGUACCAUGUGUAGCAUUUUGAAACCUUAUUUUCUAAAACCGCUGUCUUGCUUUAGCUAUUAAUGGGGCAUUGUGAGGAACUGUGCAAAGACAUUUUUGUUACAAACCUGUGGGCCUGUUGCAAUACUUUAAAAAUAAAAAUUUUAUUCCAUUUUUGCUUGUUUUGUAUAGACAUUUCUAUUGCUUCUAAAUAUGCUUAAAAUAUUUUCUUUCCUUAUGUACUGUACAGUUAAUCUUAUUUGCCAUCAUCUUGAACACAAAAUGUGUAUUUAGAAUAUUUGUAUAACUGUAUAAAAUUAAAAAGGAAUUAUGUGGUCAGUGCAUUGUUUUCUAAACUGGAAAUCAUUUUGUUUUAAAAGUUAAUAAUGGAAACCAUAUUAAAAUUGAAUAAAAUAUGAAAUAUGGCAGUGUGAUUUUA